GGGGAGGCGAUGGCGGCGCUCGUGUUAGCUGUGAGGACAGCGGAGCGGUGCGCGCCGCGGCGGCGGCUCCCUGCCGUGCUGCUGUGCGGAAGGAGCUGCGGCUCGUGGCGGGAGGAGGCGCCGGCCCUGCGGGAUCAGCCAAUACAAAUGGAGAAUCCCUACAAAGAGCCUCCAAAAAAAUGUGUCUUAUGUGGAAUUAAUGUAGACUACAAGAAUGUGCAGCUUCUCUCUCAGUUUGUUUCUCCACAUACUGGUCGUGUUUAUGGCAGGCACAUAACGGGUUUGUGUAACAAGAAACAGAAAGAGAUUGCAAAAGCUAUUAAAAGAGCUCAUGUAUUUGGAUUUAUGCCAGUUAUGUUUAAGAACCCAGCAUUUCUUAUGGAUCCCAAGAUUUGUAAUGUCAAGUAUCCAGAGUAAUAUGUACUGUGAAGAAAUAAACAAUAAAACUUUUUAUUGCUGUUAA